AGACUCCUGAGAGGGGGCGAGAGAAGGAAGAUCACAUGGUCCUUUUUUUGGGUAUGUGACAGCUUCUGCCUUUAGUCUUUUAGUGCUUCCUUUUAUCUCCUCCUCAUGAAACCCCUUUCAAAACCUCAUCAGCUGAUGGGUGAGUUCCUUCUCAUACUCCUUUAAGAGCCCUCUUCCCUGCUCAUCCUUUUCUUCUUCUUCAUCCUGUGGCCUUUGCCCAAAAGGCAAGAACCAAGCCAUAUAAUGCUCUGAUCCCUUCUUCCAGCCUCGUUCACAACACACGUUGUGCUAAUAUACACCUUUCUUCUUUUACCAGCCUCCAUAUUCCUGCAAGAAUCACUCACGCCAUGGAGGUUGCCAUGGUCUGCACAAGAGUUAACCUCCUCCUUCUCAUCCUCUCUCUGUGUUCACCAUACAAGUUCAUACAAAGUCCCAUGGACUUUGGCCCCCUGAACCUGCUCCCCACCACCACCGAAGCAUCCAGCGAUUUUGGUAGGAUCCUCUUCCACUCCCCAUCCGCAGUGUUGAAGCCCCAGUCCCCGAGGGACAUCUCUCUGCUUCUCAGUUUCCUGUCCGCCUCAUCUUUAAGCAAGGUGACAGUGGCGGCCAGGGGUGCAGGUCACUCCAUUCAUGGCCAGGCCCAGGCCCUUGAUGGCAUUGUGGUGGACAUGUGCUCUUUGCCUUCUCAGAUAGAGUUCUACAGAGGAGGAGAAGGAGAUAUUUCUUAUGCUGAUGUGAGUGGUGGAGCUAUGUGGAUAGAGCUCCUGGAGCAGAGCUUGAAGCUGGGGCUGGCUCCGAGGUCUUGGACUGAUUACCUCUAUAUCACCAUUGGCGGAACUCUGUCCAAUGCUGGAAUCAGUGGGCAGACAUUCAAGCAUGGGCCUCAGAUUAGCAAUGUUCUACAGCUGGAGGUAGUCACAGCAGGCAGGGGAGAGACUGUGACAUGCUCGCCCACCAAGGAUGCCGAGCUAUUCAAUGCUGUUCUGGGAGGCCUUGGUCAGUUUGGCAUCAUAACUAGGGCAAGGAUCCUGCUGCAGGAAGCUCCACUGAAAGUGAAGUGGGCGAGAGCCUUCUAUGAUGAUUUCGGCACCUUCACCAAAGAUCAGGAGUUGCUGGUGUCAAUGCCAGAUUUGGUGGACUAUGUUGAAGGUUUCAUUGUCUUGAACAAACAAUCCCUUCACGGCACAUCCAUUGCCUUCCCUGCGAAUAUGGGCUUCAACCCAGAUUUCGGAACCAAGAGCAGUCCUAAGAUCUACUACUGCAUAGAGUUUGCGAUUCAUGAUUACCAGCACAAGAACACCAAUGUGGACCAGGUCGUGGAAGCUAUCUCAAUGCAGAUGAGCCACAUGGGAUCACACUUGUAUAGUGUGGAGGUGUCCUACUUCGAUUUCCUCAACAGGGUCAGGAUGGAAGAGAUGAGCCUAAGGAGCAGUGGGCUCUGGGAGGUGCACCACCCAUGGCUCAACAUGUUUGUGCCCAAGGCUGGGAUCAGUGACCUGAGGGACCUUCUCAUGGACAACAUCUCACCGGAUAACUUCGAGGGACUCAUCCUCAUCUACCCACUCCUCAGAGACAAGUGGGGCACCAACACCUCCGCCGUGCUACCGGAUUCUGGGUCCACAGACCAGGUGAUGUAUGUGGUCGGUAUUCUCCGAUCUGCUAACCCUGAGGAAGGAUGCUCGCAUGACUGCCUCCAGGAGCUUCUCCGCCGUCACCGCCACAUAGCUGACACUGCUGGAGUGCGUCUUGGAGCAAAACAGUAUUUGGCUCAUCAUCCAACUCCGGCUGGCUGGCAUCAGCACUUUGGCCCACGGUGGGAGCGGUUCGCAGACCGCAAAGUCCGGUUCGACCCUCUAUCCAUCCUCGGGCCAGGCCAAGGUAUAUUCGCCGAGGGAAAUAAAAAUGUAGUGUAUGCAAGCUGACGACAUAAACUGCCACGGUGAUCAGUGCUAAAAUAAGUGAUAUAUAUAGGUGACUAAGGUGUCUUUCUUUCUUAGCUCUUUUGCGUUGUUUCCUCAGCAUUUUGAGGCAUCGGUUGUAUUAUUAUGGCGGUGGAUCUUGGGAGAACCCAGUGGUGGGCGUACCACUUGGAAUUUUGAAACUCUGUACAGGCUGAGGAAGCACGGCUCUAGGGAUAGAGAUAGUGAUUCUAUUAGAUCUGUAUUCCGUGUUUGAUGUUGCCAUUAACAUUAUGUUACUAUUGUCGUCA